AUGGCAGUCAUACCAGCGACUCAUUCGAUACCACUCAAACGAUUUGAUCACAGAAUUCCAUUUUCCGUGACACUCGGCGACCGCGAAACAGACGGUGAUCCGAGGUCGUUCGUGAUGCGCACUGGUUUCGCAUCUCACUCGCUGGCACCAGGAAUGGAUACCCCUCAGUAUACAGUAAGCGGUCAACUACCAUUACCACUAAAACUGCAGUACUCUCCUUGUUGGUAUGCUAUUACGCAACUCUUGUACCAAGAAAACCAGUUUUACGUGGACACUUCGCCCCUCCUCUACGUCGACGCUGUUUCGGAAGACAAAGUUGACGCCUCCAUGCGCGACGAAGCCUUGACGCGCCUCCGCUCACUUCAUCGGGCAUACUAUGACUUGUCGCCGACAACGUUUUGCAAGGCGGUAUGCUUGACGGAUACAUUCCUUACAAGGGUGAAAGUCAAGCCGAAGUACAUGAUGUGCGUCGCAGCGGCUUGCUACUACAUUGCUUCCAAGUUCGAAACUUGUAAGCAGCCGCGUCCAACACUCGAUAGCCUCGUCCGUCUCUCCCAUUGCGGUGGGUCCGCGUCGGAUCUUGUUCGCAUGGUAGACAUAAUCCUCACCAAGUUGGGGUCAGCAAACGUGACGGCAAUUGGUGCGGCAUCAUCUACAGUGCUGAAUUUUCUGCAGCUGUUCCUCUAUGCAGGCUCUGAUCCAUCUGGUGUAGAUCAGGGUGCUUUUGCCCUGCCGGCCUUCCUUGUUCGCCAGCUAGAGAUC